AAUCCAGGUUUAUUGACGCCGAGUAAAGAUGGCGGAGGGGACGAGAGACAACUUCGGAGUCCCCUAAAGAAGUACACUCUGCUUGUUCUAAGGAAUUGUCAAGUUUGUCUUGCCACCUUGCAUUUGUGUGAACUGGUAGAUACUUUGGGAAUCGCUAAGAACCGUUCUGACAAAUUCUAAGGCCAGAAAGGACGAUGCGACGCCGACGUUACAGCGGACUUUGUUCGUGGGCUGCCUUACUGUUGUUCUACACGGUAUCUGUCCAUGUCCAAGGAGUCCAGUCCCAGUCUGCGACCACAGACUUGCCAGUCGCUACCCUGCCUUCGACUAGAGACCCGACAACCGUGCCUGCAUCUACCCCCAACGCGCCAACCACAUUUGCAGUCCCCGAUUCACCAUCUACGGUAACAAACAGCCCAACCUCAACUGCGCAACUCACGACUUCUGACUCUCCAAGUUCAACCUCAGACAGAACUUCUGCCGCCCCGCCCAUUACAACCCCCACUCCCGACUCACCAACGCCUAUACCUAUUACAUCACCACAGAUUACAACCACAGAAACGACUCACGUCCCAACUACUACCCCAGAAAUAAUAACCCCUAUCCCACCUAUACCAAGUACAACUCCGGACGUACCGACUACUGUCCCUAUCCCCACUACGACCCCCGAAAUUACAACAGUUACUACAACAACGGAUUUUCCAACUACAACCCCAGAUAUAACAACGCCCAUCCCACCUGCUCCAACUACAACCCCCGAACCAACAACUACUGUUCCUACCACGACCCCACAAAUUAUAAGUACAUCUACUGACUUGCAAACUACUACACCACCGGUUACAACUACUGACUUGCCACCUACGUCACCACAAAUUACAACGACUGAUGCACCGACGACAAUAUCAGAAAUUACAACCACUGAUGUGGCCAGUACAACAGUCGACGUUCCAACGACACACAGUACAACCACUAACGCCCCAGUAACAACUUCACAAAUUACAACCACUGCUGUAUCGACUACACUGCCACAGAUAAUCAUAGGUGUAACUCCUGAUUUCUCAACACCAGAGCCAACAACCACCAACCCACCCGGCCAAACUACCACUUCAGUACCACCGACCACUACGCCUGCCCCAACUACAACCCCAGAGAGAACAACCACCAUUCCAACUACAACGCCUGACCCACCAACUCCGAGUCCUACCCCAGAUAUCCCUACCACAACACCAACAAUCAUAACAACAACUUCCCCAGAAAUACCGACUACUACUCCAUACAGCCCGACCACAGUCCCGCAGGUUGCAACAACCACCCGUGACGUACCAACAACACCACAGGCAACAACUGCAACCACCGAUGUUCAAACUACAACUCCAGAAAUUACAACCCCUAUCCCGCCUAUACCAAGUACACCUCCGGAUAUACCAACAACUGUUCCUAUCCCGACUACGACCCCUGAAAUUACAACAGUUCAUGCAACAACGGAUGUUCCAACUACAACCCCAGAAAUAACAACCCCCAUCCCAAUCAUCGCAACAACCACCCCCGAACCACCAACAACUACAACAUCACAAAUCAUAACAACAUCAACUGACUUGCCAACCACCAAUGCCCCUAUCCCAACGACUACCCCCGAAUCUCCAACCACCAUCCCAGACAGCCCUACCACCUCCUCACAACCUGCCAGCACAGGGGGCCCGUUGGUCGUGGUCUCCCCGGUAGGUAAUACCGGUCCUACAACGACGGAAAUCGGCAACAGUACUACAAUACCGCCGCGGGAUGUAGACCUGUGGAUGCCGAUCGUAGCUGGAGUCGGGGCCUCCAUGGUUGUUCUGAUCAUCGUCAUCAUCAUCAUAGCCUGCGUGACGUGCUGUAACAGACCUGUACAGUUGGACGAAAAGUACCUGACUCAUGAGGAAGAGAUGCUCCCCCUGGGAAAGACCAACGGUACUGCAGGUCGGGCUCCCAGGGAAAAGCGUCCAGACCGUCCAGAUAGGAACUCUACAGCUAGGAAGAAAACAGAUACAAAGCCGAAGAACGUGGAAAAGUACCGAGUGAAGGAGUCGUACAAGUCAGAGGCUGAGGACCAGAUCUCCCUGGUGAAGGGCGAGGAGGUGGAGGUCAUCAACAAACCCACAGACGACUGGUGGUUCGGACGGAGUCAGAACAAGAUCGGCUGGUUUCCCACCAAACACUUACAGUCUGCAGGCUCUGUGACACCAACAGGUGCGGAUAACGCAGGUUUCGUGAACGACGAGGACUCCUCCUCUCUACCGGACCCUCCUCCUUCUCUACAAGCCACGCCGCCUCCAAGCAUCACUGCGGGCUCCGACGCCACUCUGCCCGCUCGCGCGAUAAUAGAAACUUCCGAUGAUGACGUACAACAGCGGAGGCCGUCUCUAAGCAACCUGUCCCUCCCUCCCCCUCCUCCCGAACUGCUCGCACACGAGGACGAGACGGCGCCUCCUGUACGGAGUCCAGACAACAUCAGUAUCGGGUCGGUGUCAACGUCAGCCUCCCUCAGGAACAUGUCGCUGGGCACCCUGGACCUCUCCGAGAACACACAGACGACCCCGCCGAACGGGCGCAGCGACAGCCCCGAGUCACUCGCGUCCACCGCCCAGUCGGUGUCCUCGUCUCGACCACCUUCUCGCGCCAGUUAUGUAUCCAGGACGCCGUCCACCCUGGGCUCCCCUAACAUCCCGUGGAUGGGCAGCGUGGGCCGGUCGCACGUGCGGACCCACCCGCGCGUCAAGGCGGUGCUGAAGAACGGGCAGCCCGACCCCGCUGAGGAGAACCGCAUGCACCUCAUCAUGAACACCAACCUGCCCGACAGGGACGCCUCCAUGAGGGGCAGCAGAAGGAGCUCGGAAGACAGGUCAGGACGUGACAGGAAGCUCUCCAUGGCGCUGAGGCUGAGCGAACCCGAGUCGGCCCUGGAGCUGGACCUGCCGCCGCCCCCGCCAGAGUUUGACUCUCCCAAGCCCGCGGACGCCUCGCCGCUGACAGAGCGCUACAUCGCGGUGUACGCGUACAGGGCUACCGACGACAACCAGCUGAAUCUGGAGGAAGACGACGUCAUCACGGUGAACGAGCGAGACCCUCUCGGCUGGGCCCGGGGAGUCUGUAUACAGACCGGGAAGGAGGGCUGGUUCCCGGAGAGCUAUGUCAAGAAACUUGGGGAAGACAAGAAGGAUUCAAAGGCCACCCGAGCCAACGGUCCGCCCCAGCGCCCGGCACCCAAACCACCUACCGAUAAAGCAAAGAGAGUCGAGGCUGAACCGUCAAGCGUCCCGGACCCGUCGGUUCAGUCCGGGCAGGACACUCUGACCCGCCCGCAGCUCCGUCCGCGCCCGUCCGUCAGGAAAUCCCUCAUGAACAAACAGCCCAGCGUCAAGGGCCCGUCCGAGGUGUUCUACUCCCCGAGCGACGCCGACGACGGCCCCGGCAGACCGACGGUAGCCGUGCGGCCCAGCUCUCACGAGCACCCCGCACCACUGCAGCAGAACAGAGGCACAUUUGGUGCCCCUCCCCCUCCGAUCCAGAGUGAAAAGUCACCGACGUAUUCCACAGCCGAGAGGAAGCUAUCUGUGCGUGCGUCCGGACCGCCUCUACAAGGAUCAGUUCAGGAAUCCGCACCAGUCAAGCCUCCCCGGCAGCCCUCCCAGCGGCACUCCGUCGCCACCACGCCGAAACCGCCCACUAUCGUCAGGUCCCCGUCCCGGAGAGUCAGCAUGCCCAUCAACUUCGACCUGCUGGAGGAAUCCAGCAUAGACGAUACACCCGGCCAAGGGUCACACAAAUCCAGACGGCCGCCCAACUUGAACCUCGGUAGCUUCCCACCACAUCCGCAACAAGAGACCGGCCCUACCAGUCCCUUGUCUAGAUCCCGGCCGUCAAGAAGCAGCGUAACGGCGGCACCAGACAUCAUGAAAACGCUGGAAGAACUGGAUCUACAGGACACCCAGCUGAGAACAGCGAUAGAAACCUUCACCAUGAGGGGGCCGGGGUAUCUCAACUUCACCAAGGGGGACGUCAUCCUGGAGUUAGAGGAAAGUGACAUUCCAGGCUGGAGUUACGGGGAGUUACAGGACGGAACCAGGGGGAUCUUCCCUGUUAGCUCUACUGAGAAUGCUGCAACAUUUGUAUAAAUCUAAACUGCUACAACAAUGUAAUAGGAGCU